UAAGGAUAAGGGGGUCGAGUCUCUUCUUCUCUUUGGCUACUCGCAAGCAAGAGUUGAGCAACAGUUGAGGCCGAAGAUUGGAAGGGGAAAAUGAGGAGAUCUGCGGGAAUGGGAAAGGGAAGCGUACUGCGAACGGUAGGGCGAGCGGUCGGCUCUGGAGUCGCCGGAGUUAAGGAGGCAGUGUCUUCCACGGCAGUCGGUAGGGCGGCGAAGCCUGCUCGAGUGGCGGCGCUUUCCUCUCGUUCGGGUUCAUCCGGGUCGAGCUCCGCGGCGAUCGCUGCGGCGGCGACUCGGGGUUCGGCUCUCUGUUUCUGCGAUGGGGAAGAGUGGGAGACCGUUGAGGUAGAGGAGGGGGAUAUGGAGGAGAGGUUUGAGCGGUUCGUGUUUGGACCUGUGCCUUCCACGCAGGAGGCCGAGGAGGCGGUGUCCGCAAUUCAGCAGUUGUUUAUUCCAGUUCCAUUUGGUGAGAUAAUAGAAAGGCCUCCUCAUGAACAAGAGGAAGUCAAAGAUAAAGCAGCAAUUUCAACAAAAAUAUUGCCACGGUCAUUAUCAAGUGAAUCUCAGUCUGACUGGAUUGAGCCUGUUAUGCAUCUUUAUAGCUCUAAAAAUUCUCAAUCUCAAGAACGGGAAAAGGUUCUUGAUGCAUUUCGUUUAUUACAAAUGAAUCCAUCUAUCCAGAAAGUCGUUGUUUCACUGUCAUCCGAUAGAGCUGUAUGGGAUGCAGUUAUGAAGAAUGAAGUGGUACAAGAAUUUAAGAAAUGCUUUUAUGAAGCUGAAAGUAACCCACAAGAACCAGAUGCAGGAGACAGCCUUCCUGCCAAUGGAAUCCUGAAAUGGAUCGUGGAUGCAAAGGUGAAAGUGAUGGAAGUGCUCGACAAAAUUGCAAAGCAAUUAAGCCAGAUAUUUAACUCAGGUGGAACCAAGAGUGAGGAUGAUAUUUUCGACAAUGUUCUGCAAUCCUCCUUUAUGCUUUCUGUUCUCGUUUUUAUUGUCGUCGUUAUGAAUCGUGUUCUAAAAUCCUAACAGCAGCUUCAAUUAGCCGACAUGACGUCCUUGUAAUAUACAUUUGAAAUUCUAACAGCUUCAAUCAGCCGACAUGAUGACAUCCUUUGUAAAUAUACUUCUGAAACACAUCAACAAGACUUUGUUUUUUAUCA